AUGUUGAACCGAUUCCCCAAUGAGAGUCUCCACAUUAUCCUGUCUUGUGCAUUUGUCUUACUGUCUGGCAAAGUGUCGGCCCAUAAACUGGUGAGAGUGUUUGCAGCUCUGUGUGUACUCUGUCUGCUGGGAGGUGUUGUCAUUGGAGUUUGGUUCAUAGUGAAAAUUCUCUUACGACCAAACUCAGCUCAAAGCCCUGUGAGUUUAGGAGACACCAAAGACACAUCCUUCUGCAAUGUAACCGAGGACACCUCUGUGAAGGACACCAGGAAAGUGUUUUACAGGAUCAGUGCUGAGAACUCUCUUCUGGAGAUCCAGCUGGAGAAGCUACAGACGUGGCUGCCCGUAUGUUACGAGAGGUGGAACUCCUCUCUGGGAACGCUUGUAUGUCGACAACUGGGCUAUCUGAGAUUGUCAAAGCACAAAGGGGUGAAUCUGACUGAUAUUGGGCCGAACUACACAGACGGAUUUGUCCAAAUCACCUCAGAUCACCAAAGCAAUUUGGAGAGUUUAUGGCGUUUCAGGGUAAGCUGUAGUACAGGAAAGGUGAUAGCACUGAAAUGUUUUGAGUGCGGUACCAGAGCAAAGUUACCUAGGAUUGUUGGAGGAGUGGAAGCCACUCUUGGCAGAUGGCCCUGGCAAGUGAGUCUCUACUAUAGUAACCGCCACAUCUGUGGAGGAUCUGUCAUCACCAACCAAUGGAUAGUUACAGCUGCUCACUGUGUCCACAACUACAGGCUACCUCAAGUGUCCAGUUGGGUGGUUUACGCUGGUAUUGUAACCAGCAAUUCAGCAAAACUGGCUCAAUACCAAGGCUUAGCUGUGGAGAGGAUCAUCUACAACAAGAAUUACAACCACAGGACGCAUGACAAUGAUAUCGCUUUGGUGAAAUUAAGAACUCUUUUGAAUUUCUCAGACACCAUCAGACCUGUGUGUCUACCUAAGUAUGAUUAUGAUCUACCAGGAGGAACCCAGUGCUGGAUCUCUGGUUGGGGAUAUACACAGCCAGAUGAUGUUCAUAUACCAGAGGUUCUCAAAGAGGCACCUGUACCUUUAAUAAGCACAAAGAAAUGCAAUAGCUCUUGCAUGUACAAUGGAGAGAUCACCCCUCGAAUGCUCUGUGCUGGAUAUACAGAAGGAAAAGUAGAUGCAUGUCAGGGGGACAGUGGAGGUCCUCUGGUUUGCCAGGAUGAGAAUAUCUGGAGGCUGGUUGGUGUUGUUAGCUGGGGAACAGGCUGUGCUGAGCCAAACCAUCCAGGAGUUUAUACCAAAGUGGCUGAGUUUUUAGGGUGGAUAUAUGAGAUUAUAGAGAGCUACUAAAGACUCACGUUUGAUAGUAGAAGA